GUCAGCAUACGUAAUUAUUAUUGAGUUUAGAAUAUUAAUUUAAAAUUAAUACAGUUUGAUACAAUAUAGAUCUAUUUUAUAAUAAAAACAUAUUUUAUAAUUUAAUAUAUUACAUUAAGCUUAAAGUUACAUUUUUCAUAUCAAUUUGUGGACUAAGAAAGCAUUUUUUGAGCUCACAGGGCACGACUCUACGUUCUGUGUAGACCAAUUCGCCAAGAAUUUUUAUUUUUACGGUAUAUGAUUAGUAGAGUUUAGAAACUGCUUUAAUAUAAUUUUUGGUGUUUUUUUCAGUUUUUGUAUUUUUAAUUUUUCAGGUUUUACGAUAUAUGACAGUUUUUUCCUUCGUGAUGAUGUCGAGUGGUGUUAACGUUGAGAGAUACUUUCCUUCGUCCACUUGACUGUCCUUCGCCCUUGCCGGCCUGUCUCUUUCUCCCGUCCUCUCUCGAUCUUUCUUAUGUUUUUUCUUUUCCCGCUUUUUGUUACUAGGAUUUGAAUGAAGUUUGAUAUGCAAUUUCAGGGUAACAGAUGGACUCAUCCCACUCCACAUCAACAACGUCUAACCCUCCCCAACAGCACUCGCCAUCAAGAAAUCCUCCUCCCAUAUCAUCAGAUUCCACAUCUACGCAGAUUAUAGAUGUGGAUGAAAUUGCAAUAUCUUCGAUUCGAGAAAAGCUUUCACAAACGUCGCAUCUACCACCACCAUCUCAGUGUUCCAUAUUUAAAGUUCCAGAUAUGCUACGCAGGCAUAAUGAAAAGGCUUUCAUGCCAGAAGUAGUUUCGAUCGGUCCAUUUCACCCCAAGAAUGAGCAGCUGCAGGCAAUGGAAAAUAUUAAGGUAUUGUAUUUGAAAUGCCUCCUCGAUCGACCCGAAACUACGGAAUUGGAGAACUUGGUAAAAGCCUUGGGAAGAAUUGAGCAGGAUUGCCGUAAAUGUUAUGCAGGAGUGGUCGGUCUUAGCGUAGAGAACUUUAUAGAGAUGAUGGUGAUCGACGGUUGCUUUAUCCUUGAAUUCCUCAGCAGAUAUCUAGAAAACAGGAUGGUACUGAAUGUAAACGGCGAGAAAGAUCCCGUGUUCAAAACAUCAUGGAUGCCAAGGAAAAUAAUAGCCGACUUGCUUCUACUUGAGAAUCAACUUCCAUGGUGCGUACUCGACUGUCUGUUCAACCACAUGCCUUCCUUAAAAACUACUCAUCAAUGGUGCUCCCGACUUGAUGAUCUUGUCUCCUUUUCUUUUUCCGAGUAUAAAACUUUCCCAGCAGCUCACUCGGCGCGCAGUCAUGAAAAGCACGCGCAUUUACUCGAUUGCUUCCGAAACUGUUUAGUUGGAUCAUGUACUGUAAAACGGCGUAAUUACUCAGAAGCCUUAGAGGGGAAACCAGUACUUCUGCCUGUGACAGAGCUUAUCCUGCAUGGAAUAAUUCAUUUGAAAGCUAAAUCCAGAGAUAACAUCCUCGAUAUAAAGUUCAAAAAUGGCUUAAUGGAAAUCCCAGAAAUAGUUAUAGAGGAAAACACAGAAUCUGUGUUUAGAAACCUCAUCGCAUUUGAGCAUUGUGAUCCGGCGAAGGGCUAUGAAAUCACGUCUUAUGCUGCUCUCUUGGAUUGCCUGAUUAAGUCUCCCGCAGAUGCACUUAAACUCGAACAGGAAGGUAUUCUACGAAUUAUUGGUUUGAGCAAUGGGGACAGGGCAAGUUUUUUAAACAGGCUGCUUUAUAAUAAUGAUACCAGUUUCCAUGGUUUUGUCUACUCAGACCUCUGCCGAGACGUGAACAAUUUUUGUUUCACCAGAUUGGGAUUAUGGAAAGCAAGGAUUAGGCACGAUUAUUUUGGAGAACCAUGGCAGGUCAUUACAUUCCUUUUCGGAAUCCUCGCUUCUUUCCUUUUUUCCUUGGUACAAACAGUUUUUGCUGUCGCCUCCUACAAGGAUUCUAAUUUUUAAAUCAGCCAAGUAAUUUGGUUUAUCACAGUUGUGUAUUUCUUUCAAUAAGUAGGUGUGUAUAAGUGCCCUUUACAUGUUUUUUUAAUUUUUGUCAAACUCGAAGUACUGCUAUUUGUAAUGCUUGUCAAUGAAAUAAACAAAAAAAAUGUCGUAUUACAA